UCUCUGUAAUUCUCUCUGUGUCUCUCUCCCCCUCCACUAAUCUCACCUACUCCUCUCUUGGUCGCCUCGAGCCCACCCGUGGGAGUUAAAGAAAGAAGAAGGAAAGAAGUGAAGGAAGAAGCGCGCUGCCGGGAGGGAGACGUGUUUCCGAGGAGAGCGAUAUAGUUUUUCUUCUGAUCUCUGGUCGAUGGAUUUCUCACUGACAAUACAACAAUAUUUUAGCUAGAAAAUCGAGUGAAGCAUGGGGGACUGGAGCUUUCUAGGGCGGCUGCUGGAGAAUGCUCAAGAACACUCCACUGUAAUUGGAAAGGUUUGGCUGACCGUCCUAUUCAUCUUCCGUAUCUUGGUGCUGGGCGCAGCAGCUGAAGAGGUUUGGGGUGAUGAGCAGUCUGACUUUACUUGUAACACGCAGCAGCCCGGUUGCGAGAACGUCUGCUAUGACGAGGCCUUCCCCAUCUCCCACAUCCGCUUCUGGGUGCUGCAGAUCAUCUUUGUCUCCACGCCCACUCUCAUCUACUUGGGCCAUGUGCUGCACAUCGUCCGCAUGGAGGAGAAGAGGAGGGAAAGGGAGGAGGAGCUCAGGAAGGCCGGACGGCACCAGGAGGACCACGACCCUCUCUAUCACAAUGGAGUCGGUGAUGGAGGAAGAGGAGGAGGUGGGAAGAAGGAGAAGCCACCAAUUCGUGAUGAGCAUGGGAAGAUCCGGAUCCGCGGGGCGUUGUUGAGGACCUACAUCUUCAACAUCAUCUUCAAGACUCUAUUUGAGGUGGGCUUCAUCCUGGGACAGUACUUCCUCUACGGCUUCCACUUGAGGCCGCUCUAUAAAUGUGGCCGCUGGCCCUGCCCCAAUACUGUGGACUGCUUCAUCUCCAGGCCCACUGAAAAGACAAUCUUCAUCAUCUUCAUGCUGGUGGUUGCCUGUGUCUCUUUGGUCCUCAACUUGCUGGAGAUCUACCACCUGGGCUGGAAGAAAGUCAAGCAGGGGGUCAGCAACGAGUUUGUACGCGACAGUGAGUCGCUGCUGCCGGGCGGAGACGAGCCUGGAGACGCAGAGACGAUUCCUGAGCAGACCUCCGCGUCAGCGCUCGACUGUUUGCCGGCGUACGCCAGCGUGAACGUGUCGGGUGGAGCAGCAGAGGGAGGAGCCUACGGUCCAACCGAAGCCUCCCCUACCUCUGUGCUCGCCACACACAAGAUGGACGGCUCAGCGUUCCACGCAGACGACCUUUUGGAGGCCCAACCCACUGCUUUUUAUGGUGAGAAAGUGCGUGUUGGGAGCCACGGGCAGUUGAUGGCGAUGGAGCAGAACUGGAGCAACAUGGCACAGGAGCUCCACAAUCUGGAAGGAAAAAACUCCUCCUCCUCUUCCUCCUCCUACCCUCCUCCUUUUCCCUCUCCUCCCAUCUCCGCCUCUUCCUCUCCUCAUGAGGAGACCAUCCCACCGCUUCCGCAAGGGGAGCAACACUCCACAUUUCCUACACUUCCUCGUCAUACCCCUCUCUCUACCCUCGCACCGGCGGUGGAUGAGGAAAACACAUCACCUUGUAUGGUCCCACAUGACGACUUCACCGUGGUUACCCGGGCGGAGAUGCAUCAGCCUCCUGCUGCUGCUGCGAGAGACAUCCGGAAGCCAAGUCGGGCCAGCAAGAGCAGCGGCGUCCGAGCUCGCCCCGAUGACCUGGCAGUGUAG